AUGCGCUUUGCUACACCUUUCGUCCUUGCCACGGUGUUAGGCCUCGCAAAUGCCGGAUUCAGUACCUACAAGGAAAUUGUAGAGGGCAAGGAUAACUCUGAUGCAAUCACCUACUAUGCGCUCGACCGAUCAGAUACACUCUUCUUAUAUAUUCAGAUUAUUUCUGGAGGCGACCACCAAUCUCUGAUCAGCGAUUUCAAGACCUUGGUACAGAAUUACGGUUCUCAAGGCAUAUCGGUCAUUCCUCGUGUACGGUACGGAAACAGCGAUGGCUCUGUAACCUCCGAACCGGACGACAAAGAUCAAAUUCUCGCCGAUGUAUCCACAUGGGCCAAAGUCUUCUCAGAUGUCUCCGGCUUGAUUAAAAUACCCGUGAUUCAGGCAGGCUUCCUUGGUACUUGGGGCGAAUGGCAUGAUGGGCCGUUCUGCCAGAACCGUGGUAGUGAUGACAGUGAGGCCAGUCUGCAGGUGAAGAAGUCAGUUGUCGAUGCGCUACUUGGUACUGGAGCAAAGGUUGCUAUUCGCUACCCGCAGGAUCACAAGGUAUUGUAUGACGGCGAUCGCAAGGUCACGAUUCAUAACGACUGCAUCUUUAAUGGUGGACCGAACGGAAACGAUGGUGGCACUUUCCCAUCGGAUGAUCGCCAGACUUGGAUCGACUACACAAAGCAGGUUGCCUCGAGCAACACGUACGGAGGGGAAGGAUGCGCCGAUGCUGGCGACUCUACCUAUGAUUGGAGCAACUUUGACGAUGUCUGCGGUAGCAAUGGGCUGGAAGCCUACAUUCACAAGUUUCAGAUCUCAUACUUUAACCCCGGGAAUCCAUCCAAGUUUAAAGAACUGUUCGACAAUAGCAACUAUGCCAGCUGUGUAGACGCAAUAGGAGCUGCCCUUAACCAAUAUCCCUAG